AUGCCGUACACGAAUCCCUUCCCGUGGCUGCCGCGGGAUUUUGUGAAUGGCCUCUUCCCCUAUGUGCGCUGGACGCUUCUUUGGUUUUACCAGGCCUUGCACAAGCUGCGCCUACCGAUGGCUCUGCCAGCCCCUGGCCGCAAGCUUCCGGACGUCACUGAAGCCUUGGCCUGCGGCCGCUGCGAGCACAUCUGCAUUGGCCGGGGCUUGCCGAAGCGAAGUGUGCAGGAGGCGCUUGUGACCCCCCUCGGCAUUCCGGGUGACGUCCAGACUGCACCCUUCAUCGCAGUUUGGGGCGGACAUGCCGGCUUCGAUCGGGCCGUGAUGCUUUGGAGCCAGGAGGUCAUGGAGGCCGUCAACUCCGAAGGCGCCAGCUUCUUCCCGGGCGCCAGCGGAGAGCAGAUUCUUCUCAGCGGGGUGGACUGGAGCCUGAUGAAGACGGGCAUCAGGGUGCUGAUUGGCAAAGAGGUGCUGCUUGAAAUCACCUUCCUCAAGGGGCCGUGCAAGAAGCAAGAUCCCAACUUCCCGAAGCCGGAGGCCAAGGUCCGGAUCAACCCUACCAAGCACCUCGGCAGUUACUCGCCAAGGUGCUUCAACCCGGGCGCAUCUUUCGUGGAGACCGCGCCCUUGUCUUCGAUCACCCAGAGGGUCCCCAGAAGCUCUUGUUCUGAUGAUGGGUCGGUUGCCGGCGACUCCGACCCUUUUGAGUACGAAGAAGAUCAAGGAGACGAUGACAUGCUGUCCGUCAAUGAUGAGGACGAUCCGAUGCCAAUCCAGCCGGCAGAAGUCCGGAGAGCCCCCUACACCAUCAUGAACAGAGGAGAGCUGGAAGCCCGGCAGAGGAAAAGCAUUACCGAGGCUUCGGAGCUCCUACAAGUCACCAGUGAGGACGGCUUCGUGCUGCUCCGAGAAUAUGGCUGGGAUCUACUGAGGUUGCAGGAGGCGUGGUUUGACAAUGACCAAAAGGUGCGAAUUCGUUGCGGAUUGAGCUCUUCUUGCCCAUCGCCUGCGCCAUCUUCCGUGAAGUCAGGCCCCAAGACGUGUUCCAUCUGCAUGUCCGCCAUCGACGACUUGAUUGCUUUGGACUGCAUGCAUGGCUUUUGUGCUGAGUGCUGGAGAGGCUAUCUCCACACCCAGGUGGACGACGGGAAGUCUGCUGUGCAGACGCGCUGCCCGCAGCACAAGUGUGCCCGUGUAGUCCCGACUGCCUUCUUCAUACGCUUCUGCGACGAAGAGCGGCAAAAGAAAUACCAGGAGUGGUGCCUGCGGACCUACGUGGACGAGAACGCCAUGGUAAAGUGGUGUACCAACCCGGUCGGUUGCCAGUAUGCCUGUGAAUACACGGGUGUCGACAUUGUUGACAUUCAUUGCCACUGCGCCUUCAUUUGGUGCUGGGCCUGUGGCGAAGAGGCUCACAAGCCGGCCAGUUGCAAGACCGUCAACCAGUGGAAUGUCAAGAACUCCGCGGAGUCAGAGAACAUCAGCUGGAUUCGAGCGCACACGAAGAAGUGCCCAAAGUGCCACAAGCCCAUCGAGAAAAACCAGGGCUGUAACCACAUGGUGUGCUCGAAGGCAGGGGGCUGUGGCCACGAAUUCUGCUGGCUCUGCCUUGGAGAGUGGUCCAGUCAUGGCACGUCCACUGGAGGGUAUUACCAGUGCAACAUCUACGACAAGCAGUCAAAGGAGGGGAAGCAUGUUGACGAGGAGAGGUCCAGGUUGAAAGCGAAGCACGCCCUCGACAAGUACAUGUUUUAUUUCGAGCGCUUUAUGGACCACGACCGUGGGAUGAAGCUCACCAUAACCGAGGAGCAGGACAUCGAGGGCAAAGUGCAAAAGCUGCACGAUGAGCAUGGCUUUGAGAUCAUGGAGCUCCAGUUUCUGUAUGACGCCUUGCGGCAAGUCAGGGUCUGCCGACGCGUCCUCAAGUGGACAUAUGUCUACGGCUAUUACCUGGAUGACUCGGCCGAAAAGAACCUCUUUGAGUUCUUGCAGAAGAACUUGGAGGAGAAAACCGACUGUUUGCACGAGAUGUUGGAGAAGGACCUCCUGCCGUGGGCACCCCACCACCUGAAUCCGGAGCCUUCAGUACAACAGCAGCCGAAAUGCCCGAGCGCUGUUUGCAUCAGUUGUGUGCGAAAGGGGCCUCCUACAUGCAGGAACCUUUCCUAG